AUGAAGAUGUUCUUUGUAAACAUUUUCCUGCUUUUCUCUUUAUGUGUGGCACAGAUAAGUGAAAUUUCUCAGCCUGAAUCUGUACAAACAGUGAAGAUUGGAGACUCAGCUACUAUUAAAUGCUACAUAAAGAGUAUUGUGAUGAGACGAGUGUGGUAUAAGGUGACUACUGAGAGGAAACUACAGCUUGUGGUAGCACAUAAUUCUCAUUAUAAUCGGACUGUAUUCAGUGAGGGAUUUGAUCGUCGUUAUUCAGUUAAAUUAGACCAAACCAGCAGUAAUCUGAGCAUAUCUACAACAUCAUGGGAAGACGUUGGAACAUACUUCUGUGGAGUGGUGGAAUUAAAUGCGAUUCAGUUUGGAUCUGGAACCUUUUUGAUUUUGAAAGGCACAAAGACAUCCAGCGACUCUGUCAUCCAGCAGCCAGAGUCUCAGUCAGUGCGAUCAGGAGAGUCUGUGACUCUCAGCUGUUCUCUUCACUCUGAUCAAUGCACAGCAGAACACACUAGCUUCGUGUGGCUGAAAAACUCUGAUCAUUCUGCUCCAGAGAGGAUUUACUCUGAAAAUAAGAACAUUUGCCUGAAAACUGACAGUGGACAAAUUACCUGUGUGUACAACCUUCAAAUCAGGAGCCAGGAUGACGCUGGGUCCUACUACUGUGCCGUCAGUUCAUGUGGAGAAAUACUGUUUGGAAAUGGGACCAAGAUUGGCUUUGAGUAUGUCAGUGAGAGAAGUUUGGCAGGCAUCAUCACCAUCUUCAUGGCAUUUUAUCUGGCUCUCACUCUGUGCAUGAUCAGUAAGAUAAACUGCUGCCACUGCAAAGAUCCCCUCCUGUCGGAGGAGAUUGCUGACUGA